AUGGAAGCUUCAACAGUCAAAGCCAUGGUAAUGGAUACCUGCAAAGCAUUUUGGGAGAAACUAGUAGAAGAGCAUACGCCAGCGCCUUCCACGGAACGGCUGAAACAAUCAAGGGCAGGAUUUUUGAAUGUGUGGAACUUCCCNCAAGGUGUUUCCGAUCCAGAGUACAAAUUCAUAACAAUUGACGUUGGAGCGAAAGGCAGUCAGAAUGAUGGUGGUACGUUUGCUGCUUCAUCACUGUGCGCAAGUCUCGAAAGCAAGAAUUUCAAUAUGCCUCCAGACUGCGAACUACCUACCUCUUCAGAAAAACUUCCUAAUGUUCUCAUAGCUGAUGAGGCAUAUCCACUAAAACCCUACCUACUUAAGCCGUAUGCUCGAAAAAAUUUAACACCAGCAAAAACCGCUUUCAACUAUCGUCUGUCACGAGCUCGUAGGUGCAUAGAAUGUGCGUUUGGUAUCCUGUAUGCGAAAUGGCGCAUUUUGGGAAAGGACAUUGAAACAUCAGUACCUAAUGCUAUAGCAAUCAUAAAAUGUACUUGUGUUCUCCAUAAUGUAAUAAGAGACAAAGAUGGGGAAAAUGAUCCUGUAUACCGAGAAGUGCGCUUCAAUGGGCUUCAAAGUGCUCCCCUACAUAAACAUCGGAGAAACAACAGAUAUACAACAUUGGCAGAAAAAGUCCAUGAUACAUUUGCAAACUAUUUAAAAACACAAAGACUUCUGAAGGGUGAUUAA